AUGUCUCCACUACCGAAUUUGGAUACUUCCAGAAUUUCAACAGUGGUUCCUGCAACCCCGCGAGGCGAAAACGAUGGCGAGCACAACUUAAACUCCAUGGACUUGUUAAUGAAACUGCACUAUAUUCGAUCCGUUCAUCUAUUCGAUUCUGAAGCGGCUCAAAAUCUCUCAUUUUCCGAUUUAAAAGCGCCUAUGUUCCCUUUGCUCGAUUCAUGCUCGCAUGUUUCGGGUCGGAUUAGAAUAUCCGAAUCAGGAAGACCGUUUAUCAAGUGCAACGACGCCGGUGUUCGAGUCGCGGAGUGGCGGUGUGAGAAAACGUUGCGUGAAUGGAUGGAUGAAAAGGAGUACUCGGUUGAUGGACUCGUGCACGAUCAUGUGCUUGGUCCUGAUCUUGCUUUUUCUCCAUUGGUUUUUGUAAAGUUCACAUACUUCAAAUGUGGAGGACUCUCAUUGGGACUGAGUUGGGCUCACAUACUUGGAGAUGCGUUUUCAGCUUUUAACUUCAUCACCAAAUGGAGUCACAGUCUAGCUUCUCACGAACCACCAAAAUCAAAUUCCACCAAAACUAAAUUCUUAUCAAAUUCUAUUUCUGAUUAUGCUGUUUCUGUUAAAAAGGCAACACUUGUUGACAAGUAUUGGCUUGCUGCUAAUGAAAAUUAUGUAGCUACUCACACUUUUCAUAUCACUUCUAAACAACUUCACCAUUUGGCUACGACAUUCGCAUCUACGGAUACAAAUACAAAAUAUUUUGAAAUUAUUUCAGCUAUGAUAUGGAAAUGUAUAGCACAAAUAAGAGGAGAUUUUGGACCUAGGGUUGUGAUAAUAUCCACUGCAAAUGUUUCUAACGGUGUUGAAAAUUUUGAAAAUGAAUUUCCAACGAACGACUUCGUGUUGAGUAGAGUUGAAACAAAAUUGUCGCCCGGUGAAUCUAAUUUAUUAGAGUUAGUUAAUCUGAUAGCUGAGGAAAAAAUAAAUGAGAAUCAUGUAUUGGAAAAACUGGUGGAAGAAAGUGAAGGAAAAGGAGAUUUUGUUGUCUAUGGUGCAAAACUGACAUUUGUAGAUUUGGAAGAAGGUGAUUUUUAUGGAGUGAAGAUUAAUGGAAAGAAAGCUAUAAUGGUAAAUUGUGAUAUUCGUGGUGUAGGUGAUGAAGGGGUUGUCUUGGUUCUUCCAGGACCAGAUGAUGAUGAUGGUGAUAAUGGAAGAAUGAUAACAGUAUCACUGCCAGGAAAAGAACUGGACCAACUAAAAUAUAAACUAGAAAAGGAAUGGGGUAUCUAUACAACAUAUUCACGUCAUGGAUGUUGA